UGUUGUCAAACCAAAGAAUAAAUUACCCAACCAAUAAAAUCAUGUAGUUUAAAUUAUCCCCCUCAGUCGUACCCAUUUUGGCUCAAAAUCUUUAGUAAUAGCUACAAUGGACUUUGAAUGCACGUUUCAAUAACUUCUAAUAAAAAAUUAAUAUGGAAGAGGAUGAAGAUCAGCCUGCUGAUGUCCGGAGUGCUACACCAGUGGAGGAAGAGAUCAAAAGAGCAGGAAAUGACGAGCCGUCGACCCAGCCAGCGGUGGCGUAUGAAUCAAAGCCUAGUUCAGGCCCGAAACUCCCCCGAAGGGCGCCAAGGAAACUAGACAAACCCGCAAAAAUCAAAGAAGAUCAUUGUGGGAAGAAAUUGAACAGGAAGAUGAGAGACGCAAAGGGCCCGGGGACAGUGAAAGUUCUCGUGAACGAAAAAGCAUGCAUUUUGCCGAAGAUCAACCCCAUCCCUCGACAUUGUUUAUCCAAGAAAGAAUGGCUAGACGUGUUGGCCACCCCAAGUCGAAGAUGUCCACCCCCUUGCAGGAAGAAAGAAGUCGAACGGAAAUGGCGAUCCGUUUCCCUCAGGAUAAAUGAAUUAGCGCUGCCCACGAGGCAGAGGAUGAUGACGACCCUUCAGGAUAAAGGGGACAUUCUUCCGGCUGAACUGGUGGACAGAUUGAUAACCAUCCUCGAAGGAGAAACAUGUUUAACACCCGAACAGGCCGAACAAUUAUUUCGCGAUAACCCACCGAUUGUCAAAAAACCCCGAAAAGUCCGAAAGAGACAAUGCAAAAGUUCAGCGCCAUCGCCCAAAAAAUCAGAAGUUUCCCGUAGCUCAUACAAUAAAGACGCAGUAACGUGUCAAUACCUAAUGGCAGAAGCUUUCGUGAAGAGCCUCCUGCAGUGGAAAUGCACCCUUCCCAAGGAGGAGUUCAAAGACAUUGCGGAUAUUGUAAUAAAAAGAUUAUCCACCAUUUUGGAAUACACCCCGGUCGACAGUGGAGAUCGCACCACCCAGCAGAUGAGGUUCCUCGCGGAUAUAAUCGCUGCCUGGAUCGCCGGGGUCCUAUUCGAGGUGGCAGAAGCUCACAAAGAAGAUCUCGAGAAGGAGUGCGAGGAGAGAAGAAAAAUAAAAGAGGAGGAAGAAACUGAAGACGAUACGGAAGAAUCGGAAGAAGAAGAAUUCAUUCCUCGAAUAAUUGAAGAGUCUCAUUCCCUGAAGACCGUUGAAGCUGCAGAAUUAGGAGAAGAGAGCGAAAAAGAAGAGGAAAAAUCUGAUGGAGAAGAGGGAGAAGAUGAAAACAAAAUACCAAAGGAUGGUUAUGAUGAUGACGAUGAGGGUGAUGAUGGUCCUGGUGGUGCUGGUGGAGUUUCCGGACGCACGGAACCUCCAGAAAAUGAUGCUGAACCGCCGGUAGAUGACGAAAAGCCUCCAGAAGAGGAAACUGACGUUUCACCGUCUGAAGAGUUACCCGAAGAGUCGGAACCCGCCCCCGAUGAGGCCCCACUAGAUACCCUUGAAUCCUCAUCAAAGAUAUCAGCGACAGAUUUAGAUCAGGAACCCCCGGAAGGUGAUGGACCAUCUGCUCCACUUGGUGAGGAACUACCAGCCGAUGAAAAUCCCCUAACCACCGAGGACCAAGAAGAUGGCGAUGAAGAUCAAUCAGUAGUUCCCACUGCAGUACCAUCGUCCCCUCCUCUCGGAACAUCAGAAGACAUUCCCGACAAAUCAGCGGCUUCGAUACCAGCGAUAGAAUCCGCUAUAGAGAAGGAAGUCGGUGGAGAAGAGUCGGAAACCGGAGCGUUACCGGAAACAUUAGAAGAAGCACCUGUUCUAACUCCAGAAAUCACUUCCGAAGACGCUGGAUAUACUCCGGCAGCUGCAGAAGUUCCGGAGGAAGCGCUUGCAACACCCGCGACACCUCAAGCCACACCGUCAGAACAAGUAACGGAUUCGAGACCAUCAGACGCAUUAGCUACACCUCAAUCUACACCUUCAGAACAAUUAAUGGAAGAGAAAUCAUCAAGCACCCUGGUACCGCAGUCCUCCACCGUCGAAGGCAUAGAAUCAGAAGUGAAAUCCUUGAUAGACCAGACUCCCGCGACUCCAAUAGAAGAACCAGGAGAAAAGCCUGGAGAAGUCGCUACAAAGGACGACGCUUCAGUGAAGAACUUAGGAUUGGAUAUAACCGCUGAAGACCUCUCGAAAGCCGGAAUUCCAUCAUCGUUACCGUCCCCAGGACCUCAAACGAAAGGUCAAGAAAAGAAGCUGAAAGACUCAGAAUUCAUUGAAGGAAAUAUACGCAAGAUGAUGCAGACCGAUGUACCCUUUCUGGACCUCAUCAGGAUCUUCGAUAGAAUUGAAAACGCGGUAGCCAAGGAGAAGGAAAAUGAUGGGGAAGAUUUACUGACGGACCGGAUUCAUCGAGCUGUCUAUGAAAAGUUGGAGCGAUUGGCCAAGGCUGAAAGUCCGGAGAAAUGGACCCCACAUCUCCAAGAUGUUCUUGAUGUUUUAUCCGGGAAAAUUGCUCAAUGGGUCAGGAACAUCCUGACUAAUUCUGAAAUUUUCUUCUUAAAUGAGAACCCUCCAAUGGUUGAAUCUGCGGAGUUGAGAAACUUCGGAAAGUGGAUUGGGGAGAUGUCGGAGAGAGCCAACAGUUGGACUGUUUGGAUGCAGAAUAUGAUUGAUGAGUGGACGAAAAUGCAGUCGAAUCAGGUGACGAAGAUUGACUGGCAGAACUGGACCAGGAAUUUUGCAGCUGGUGCCCUGAAGUGGAGACGAUAUUACCUGGAGUCAGUUCAUCACGCUCACCAUAAUCGAACGAUGCUUGCUGGUCGAGACGUGGUCAAGACUGGAGAGAUGAAGUAUCCGGAAUGGUCAAUUCAGGAAAGAGAAAUCGAAAAUAUUGAUUUGUUGCAGGAAUAGGCUCUAGGCAACGGGAGAUUAAAUCCGAUUUAUUGGUGGGCUGGAGAAAGUAAAGGAGAACAUAAAAUUCCAUGCGACGAUGAUUUUUAAGAAUAAGAUCGGUUUAUUAUCCGACUAACUACAUAAGCAAUAAAUUGUCAUGCCUCAUGAAUGGAUUUUAAAAACAAUCUCAGCACAAAAUUUUAUAAAUGAAACCUCUGUCAUUUAUUUCGUUGGAGAGUGAAAGUCAGAGAUGCAUUUCGCUGCAUUUCUUCUAGAAUCGAUUUCUGCUAAAUUUUCUUGGCGGAGUUCACAUUUUUUCCGCAUCAUUUUUCAAAAACUGCUAUUUUUUUAAACGGACUCUCCAAUAUACGUUAUACCACACGAAAAUUGGACAUCAAAGUAUCAUUUGUGCCCAGAAGCGAGAGAAAAUUCAGAAGUAGCGACGAUACAUCUGCUUUCUACCACCACGUACCUUUCUAUCGAGUGCUCUCGUUCGAGUAUCGCAUAACGGAGUAUCCAAGAGAAAGCGAGAGUGCUGGAUGUCCGGUAAACGACUUGGAGAUAUGAUCACGAAAUAAAUCCCAAUGAAACGGUACCUGUCGAAAAGCGAGAGGAUCCUGAGUGUUGACCUACUCCCUCGGGCUAAAUGCCAUCGAGGAAGGCCUCAUAGAUAUGCGUCAAGUACCAUAGUGGGAGAUCAUCGAACAGCCAACGGUACCAGCCUCAUGUACUCUGCCUUGAUCUUCCUCGGUGCCCAAGGCCAGUGGAAUGAAAACAUAUUGGGUAUAAUGGGAUCAAAGAAAGAGUUAUUAAGUCGUAUGUCAUUCAUACAGACGAAUUGGUUAAUUGCUAAUCUCCAGGGAUUUAUUUGUGAAGAGAAAGGGAGAGAGAGAGAGAGAGAGAGAGAUAUUAAUAAUGGAAAUACCUGGAAAAUUCACAUUUCCUGGUACUAAUUAGAAUGCAUUCAGAGCAGUGGCAAAGGUCGAUAAUUUCGACUGGUUGAUUGGAUAAUCAGAUUAAAUUGACUUCGAGUGAGAGGUUUUUGUGGAGCCAAGUGAGGAUUACUGAGAACUUAAUGAGACAAAUUUUACUGUCACUCUAGAUGUUCAUAAAAUACAGUUCAAAAUCCACUCGACUCGGUUUAUCACUUCGCGACUCAUUUAUAGAUCAAUAAUUAGUAGUUUGGAAUUUUAAAUGAGAAAAAUUGAGGAAUUCGUCGAUCAUAAGAGUGUCGGGAUGCGGAAGAAUUAUUUGUUACCCAAUACCUUUUUCUCGGUACCAAUUCUCAUAAAUGAAACUAAGAAAGAAAAGUCUGAAAUGGCUUCACUAAUUCCAGUGAAAGUUCCACCCAGAGGAAGUUUACGAUUUCCUCAAUGUACAAUUGGUCCAAAAUUUCGUCAACGUGAUUAUCAAUUUCUCGUGAAUAUCAUUUGCAUUGGAUGUCCUGGAUGAAUCAAACAGCCUAGAUUCUUCGAGUCAGCAGGGCGUAUAAGUGUGUCAAAGAAAGAGGCCUGAUUGUUGUUAUUAGCCAAUCGGUGAGAGAAAGAAGGAAAGCGCACGUCGAGACGAUACUUGUAGUAGGGGAAAAGUGAUCAGCCAACAUUCUCUGUUACCACUAGCCCUGACAUUGCGCGCGCGCAUUGAAAACCGUCGACGACGAUAAUCGACCGCGUGCGUUUUUCGAUUCGUCGGUGGUAGUGCAUCGAGCUGUUGUGUAUAAAAUUUCGUCCAGGAAAAUACUCUUCAUGUUUUGAUUAUUUUCAUUAGCCUCUAUCAACUGUGGAUAUGUGAUAACUCCGUAGACUUUUGUGAUUUAUUUUUCUAGUUGCCGUUAAUUAUUUUGAGUGCAAUUAUUUGAUUUUUGUGGUGAAAAACACGGGAAAGCUGAUGCUCCUGACAUCUGCUUUAACAUUCAUUGUAAUCAAAUGAGACACCGGAAGUCUCCCACAAUUUCUCCCUUCGAAGUGGACAUCGCGUAGCAUUUUCGUAUUUGGUAAUUGAUUUUGAUGUGCAUAAGCACGUCAGUGGGCCUCGCAGGUC